AUGAAGAACGAAAUUAUUUUUCCAAGAUUACUUAUUUAUAUAACAUUUAUCCUAGGAAUCAUUAAUGUCUGCGUCAGUGAAAAUGUAAAGAAGAGUAUUGACGAUAACAGAGAUGAUACAGGUGAAAUAAACGACGAAGCCAAAGAUGAGUCCUUAGACAUUCCGGUAGAAAAUGAAAGCAACAACACUGUAACCUGCACCAGGAGAGCUAACAGCCAAAUGCACGAAAUACAAUCGGCUCAAAUUAAACAGUUUCCUUUCGUGGUAGCUGUGAUGUCCCACCAAAAUGAAUAUCUGUGUGCUGGUUCUGUGAUCUCCAAUGGAUUAAUACUCACUACUGCAAAGUGCACUCUACAGCCUAUAAGUUAUGUGCUAUUAAAUACCACAAGGGAUAAAAAGGAUGAAACUACUACCAUGCUACAUGUGAUUAAAACUGAAAAGUUUCCAACUUUUACUGGCAGCGAUUCUCUAAAAGAUGUGGGACUUAUUUAUACAGAGAAACAUAAUUCCUCAGUGGCGUCCAAAAUCAAGGUAAGCAAUUUCACGUCCGCCCGAAAUAUUGCCGAUGUUGAAGCUAUUGGAUUUGGCCUAAAUGCAGAUGUGGGCCAACCUAAAGAACUACAGUAUAUCGGCCUCGAGCAACGACUUUAUGCCGAUACAGGAGAUUUAAUGGUUACAUACUUUGAUUGUAUCGAAACGAAAGUUCCAACUUGUUUCAAAGAUACCGGUGGUCCAGUAAUAUUCGAGAACUUAUUGAUCGGCAUUGUAGUCAAGGGUACAGACGAAUGUACCAAAGAAAUGUCUGGUACAUACGCCAUUAACAAAAGAAUCGCUGAUUGUCUACCUACUUACACUUUCAAAGCGUGGUUAGAUGAAAGGAUCAAGAAAAACGAGGAACAGGAAGAAAGUGAGCUGCCUACUUACCCCCUGCAGCCUGCCGCCGCCCGCCGAACGAUUCACAAGAUGACUGCGAGCUCUGCGCGUAGUAUCAAGAGUUCAAUAUAUAUUUUGAUGGUGUUUUAUCCUAUCUUGGCUAUUUCUUAA